AUGGAACGCUUCUCACUCCAGACUAAGAAUUCAAUAAAAGAAGACAAUAAUGACGAGCCAGAAGAAUACUACAUAAUUCCAAGAUCAUCUUAUUUGAAUAACGCUGAUAAAUACGACAACUCCCGCUACAAGCCCAGUAUAUCUGAAAAUUUUCUUGAGUCUCCGAGCAAAAGCGUCUCUUCAAAUCAUUAUCUCGAAAAAAGAUUCCGUCCUUAUCUCCGUGCAAGCCGUCAUGUAACAGCUGUAAGAAACCAUUUUGACCUCCAGUCUAAUUCUUUUUUUGAUCGGGCAAAAGAAGACCAAAAAUCGUUUUUACAAAAAUCGCCUUCAAAAGAUUGCAAUUUCCAUGUGGUCAAGCACAGAUGCCAACCCCCCCACCCCCACCCCCCCCAUGCAUGGAUCCCACCCCACCCCCUAGUAUAUAUGGAUCCCACCCCCACCCCCUAUGUUAAUAGAUCCCACCCCCCACCCCCACCCCCAUAUACAUAACUUUAUGCAGAAUAUUUAAUGGUUUAAGCCCAAGUGAAGGAACCAAAGUUUUAUACUCUAAACUAUAGCUCAUACCCCUUUAUAUAUUCCUUUAUCGAGCAAAUUGUACUUGAUUAUUGAAAGACCAAAACAGACUCUCUCAAAGAGAUGAGCUCAAUCUCUAUAUCAGAAAGUUCUAAAAAGUGGCAUGACAAAAAAUAGUGGCAAGUGUGAAAAAAGUUGACUUAAGAUAAUUAAUUAUUCAUUUCUUUCGUUAAAUUGAUUUAAUAAAAUAAUAUCUACAUGUAGAUUUGACUAUGGAUUAUCUUUGGAUUUACAUAAGUCAAAAUUCUACUGGAGUUUGUGAUUGAUAUGCUUACUGGAGUUAUAGCACUUGAAGAUCUAUUCAACCGUUUACUCAAGAAGUUCCUCCUUUGCAUUCUCAAUUUAAAAGUUCAGGUGCAAUUUCUUCCAUACUGGACUCCAUCUUUAUAAUCGCUUAAAUUGAUACAAAAUUCAGUUUUAUAAUAAACAAUUUUAUAGAUAAAAAUCAUAAUUUUUAUGUAAAAGUUUCGGUAUAAGUUAAAUGUUUCUUAUUAACUAAAAUUAAAAAUUUAGUUAUAUCUUGUCUUUUUUAAAGAAAAGAACAUAAAGAGCAUCUUAUUUAAAUACAUUUAUUAUCUUUAAUUGCUAUAUUUUUAAAAAAUUUAAUUUUUUUUUAGAAAUUUUUCAACAAAAUAUAAUUUAUUGCAUUUAUUUCUUAUCAUGCAUAUGAUGUCAUUUGAAUUUAUUAUGUGGAAACCCAAAUAUACGUUUCAAAACGCAGAUUUUAGUCGCCAAAUUAAUAAUUUAAAUUUCAUAUGAAAAUAGUGCGUAUAACUGCCAUAAGAAAUUAAGCCAAGGGAUUAUAUUUUUUAUUUAAAAUUUUGAUAAAAAUUUAAUGCAAAUUCUUUACAAAAAUUGAAAAUUUACUUUAUUUCUUGCUUUAUUUUAGCAAAAGAGUAUAAAUAGCCACUUAAUUAAACAAAAUUAAUACUUUGAUCGAUAAAUUUUCUAGAAAGUUAUUAAUCUAAUUCGACACAUUUUUUAAUUUUAUUUUAUAAGAAAUUUUAUAUUGAAUUUUUUAUAAAAAAUUUUCUUAACCCUUCUUUUAAAUUGGAACAAAUAUUUGGUUCCAAUUUAAAGGGAGGGAGUUAAAUCAAAAUCCUACUGGAGUUUUUGCACGAUAUGCUUACUGGAGUUAUAACACUUGGAGAUCUAUACAACCGUUUACUCGGGAAGUUCCCCCUUUGCAUUUUCACUUUUGACAAUUUAUUUCAUAAUGGACUCCACCUUUAUAAUCACUUAAGUCAGGAUCCUACUAGAGUUUUUGAUUGAUAUGCUUACUGGAGUUAUAGCACUUGAAGAUCUAUACAACUGUUUACUCGGGAAGUUCCCUAUUUGCAUUUUUAAACUCAUCUCUAUAAAUUUAUCUCAAGCACUUUUUACAUGAACAAAUAAUCAAAAAUAUUAAAUCUAUUAAAAAUUUAUAUGUAGUAUUUAUUAUUAUAAUUCUCAUUAAUUAAUAAGGCCUAAAAAAUAAGAUUUUUAGUUAUUAAUCAAUUCCAGUCUAAUUUGGUAUGCUAAGUGUAAAUUAUUUUAUUAAGAAAGCCAAAUUUGCGUGUUUGCUUACCAACUUUUUUCACACUUGCCACUAUUUUUUUUUCAUGCCACUUUUUAGAACUUUCUGAUAUAGAGAUUGAGCUCAUCUCUUUGAGAGAGUCUGUUUUGGUCUUUCAAUAAUCAAGUACAAUUGCUCGAUAAAGGAAUAUAUAAAGGGGUAUGAGCUAUAGUUUAGAGUAUAAAACUUUAGUUCCUUCACUUGGGCUUAAACCAUUAAAUAUUCUGCAUAAAGUUAUGUAUAUGGGGUGGGGGUGGGGGGUGGGGGUGGGGGUGGAGGUGGGGGUGGGGGUGGGGGUGGGGGUGUGGGGUGGGGGUGGGGGUGGGGGUGGGGGUGGGGGUGGGGGUGGGGGUGGGGGUGGGGGUGGGGGUGGGGGUGGGGGUGGGGGUGGGGGUGGGGGUGGGGGUGGGGUGGGGGUGGGGGUGGGGGUGGGGGGGGGGGUGGGGGUCCCGAGGUCCUAUUUGUGCUGGACCAAAUAUCUAUGAUUUUUUAUAUAAAAAUUUCAAUAAAGGGUUAAUAAUAAAAAAGUCAAAUGAUGGCAACAUAAAGAGAAAGCGCCUAAAUUCAUGCGAAAAAAUAACUAUUGCUAACUCCUCCCCUCCGUGAGCGAACAAAACCAUUAGAAAAGUCCCUCACUCUUCGUGAGCAAACAAAAAUUUUUUAAUAGAAAAAUUUUGUAUGGAAAAAAAAAUGAGUGUUUUGUUCGUUAUUAAAUGGCGGGGGGAGCUACCUGCAUUUUUUGGAAAAUUUUUGACCUUUAUAUGAUUUAAAACAUGAGGUAUGUGCUUGAAGGUUCAUUGAAAAUAUGCUUCCUCGUUAGCAAACUGUAUCCGAUUUUUUUUCAUCCCUAUGACUUUUAAUUUUUUAUGCUGUGAGCAAUUAAUACGUUUUAUUUGCCUUUAAUACAGUUUACAUUAUAUAGGGGGGUGGGGGGGUGGCAUCUAUUAAUGGAAUGGGAGUGUGGGGGUGGGAUCCAUAGAUGCAAGGGGGGUGGGGGUGUGAUCCAUACAUACAAUCUGAGGGGGUGGGGGUGUGAUGUAUACAUCCAAACUGGGGGGGUUGGGGUGGGGGGGUUGGCAUCUGUGCUUGACCAUCCAUGUGUCAAGACUGCCUGAAAUCCCAGUUACCAAAGAGCUGGAAAUUAAGUGCAAAAUUGUGCACUCUUUUAGGAAUCUGUAUUCCGCAAAUAGAAAAAUUAGAGACAGCCCUAAUAAGGAUGCUGGAAAAAGCCACAGAAUUUCUAAUAGUAUUAGUUAUAUUAAAGGAGCUCCUUAUAAAUACUGCAAUGGGAACUGUGGAAACUCGUGUUUUUGUCAGGAUCGGUCAUUUGUGCAUGUAAGGCAUAAUAGUGGAGGUCUAAAGAUGGUGGAAAAAAAUGAUGCAAAAGGAGUCCAUCAACUGAGAGAAAUGUAUCUUGAUCCUGUGAAAUUUUCAAGGAAUAGUUUAUCGUUAAUUAACAAAGUGAAAUAA